GCAGCGAUAAUGAGAUACGACGACAUCGAGAAUCGGGGCAGCAGUCGAUAAUUUACGGGCGAAAGCAGAGAGACAUUCGAGGAUAAUCCUCUAAUGCUUCCAGUAAACGAAGUUCUCAAUGGCUUUUUUUUUAGAAAAUAGUUUCCAAGUGCGAAUAGUUUCUAGAAAAAAAAAAAAAAAAAAAAUACUUUCACUUUCUCGUUGCGGUAACUUGAAAACGAGACAACGGUCGUGUAGACGAGUGUCCAGUCCCGACCGCCAGGGCGGCGCGAUCGUCGCUGACUUUUUUAUCCUAUUCAACAACACACGGAGGCCUGCAGAGCAGAGCAGCUCUGCUCGUUAAACGUCAAAUUUUUACCGUAGGUUAGGAUCUAUGUUUUGAUAAACAGAAGCUGCUUUUUUUUCUCGUUGGCUUAUCGUUAGAUAGCCCCGUAGUAUUUAGUGUUUGGUGUAUGCCCCGAGUCGUGGGGCAACAACGACGGAAAAUCUCCAAUCGACCAGAAAUGAGAGAGCCACGAAGAUGAAGUGGAUAAACCGUUAUUUACUAUUCGUGAUCGCCUUUUUGGCAAUAAUCGCGCUGAUGGCCAGCUAUCAGAUGAACGACAAUAUCCUGUCUUUUUUAUCGUCGAUGAGGGUGCCCGGUGAAAAUUUUCCACACCACGGCAAGAGAUCGUCGUCGUCGUCGCAGCCGAGGCACGAGGCGUUGAAAAAAUCAACCAGCGGUAGAGCGGAGGGCGAAGUUGUCAUAUGCGUCGUGGCCUGCGGCAAUGACAGGCUCGACGAGUCGCUCACCAUGCUCAAAUCCGCCCUGGUUUUCACCAAGAGACCCCUGAAAUUCGUGGUGAUCUCCGAUUACGGCCUCAUACCUGCGUUUCACGAAAAGCUCACCGAGUGGAAGCAGAUUGCGAACAAGACGUUCGACUUUAUCGUCAGACCCGUGACAUUCCCAGAGAACACGGAUGUCAACAUGUGGAGAAAACUGUUCAAGCCGUGCGCCGCUCAAAGACUCUUUCUUCCUACUGUAUUGAAUGAUACCGACGCUGUGCUGUACGUGGACACCGAUACUCUUUUCUUGACUCCACCAGAAGUAAUAUGGGAUGAAUUUAAAAAGAUGAAUAGUACUCAGCUAGCUGCACUGAGUCCAGAACACGAGGAACCAAAUACAGGCUGGUACAAUAGAUUUGCAAAGCAUCCUUACUAUGGAAAAUUAGGAUUAAAUUCAGGUGUAAUGCUUAUGAAUCUCACUAGAAUGAGAGAAUUUAAAUGGACGGAAUAUGUUAUCCCAAUACACAAACAGUAUCGUUUGAAAAUUAUUUGGGGCGACCAAGACAUCAUAAAUAUAAUCUUCCAUUUUCACCCAGAGAGACUUCUGGUAUAUUCUUGUAGAUAUAAUUACAGACCUGAUCACUGCAUGUACAUGUCUGUAUGCGCUGGAGCUACCAAAGAAGGUGCUCUGGUACUUCAUGGAUCUAGAAGUACAUUCCAUUCCGAUAAGCAACCACCUUUCAAAGCUGUUUACACUGCCAUGCAAGAAUAUCAAAUAAAUACAGAUCCAUACGAAAACUUACUAAUACCAAUGAGGAAUUACUUGCUGCUGGGUAAUAGCUCUAAUUGCGGCAAGGUUUGGAGAGCUUUUAUCGUGCAGCCUGAAUUACAUUUAAGCAGAGAGAAUUUCUUAUAACUUUAAAAGGAUGUGUUCAUGAGUUAGGAAAAUUUUUAAUUCAAAUUAGAUUAUAAUCUCUUCGACGAGAACUGUUAUGGGUGAUUGUUGGUGCUACAAUUCAUCAAGCUAGUUUAGUCACGAAUUAUGGCACUUUAAAAUAGUACUUUGAUCAAAACGGCUAUAAGUAUUGGCUACGGUGCAAGCUUGAUACAAAAUGUUUUAUUAGCUGGUUUGUUAUGGAAGCACGAGGUGUUUAAAUACAGCUUUGCAAUAAUAAUGAAAUUUUUACUGUGAUUCUAAAAUUUCCAAUCAAUGGAAAGGAAAAUAAUAAUCAAAAUAAGGACUGGUAGUUGUGGCAUAGCGCAGCUACCUUUUUUUUUUACGGAAACUUAUAUAAACAAUAUAUAAAAAUAUUUAUAUGUAUACAAAUCUUAGCUAAUUUUAAUAUACACAAGUAAGAUGUUACACAAGUAUAAAUGUACAUAAAUAUCUAGAUAUUAUUUGCUGUGCCAUUUAUUAUUUUUUUUUUUUUAUAAGAAAAGAUAAAAAAAAAACCAUACAUCACACACGGUAUGCAUACAAGUUUUCUCGAUGUAACACGAUCCAGUUCAUAGCGUUCAGUGCUAAUUAUAUGCAUAUAUAACUGUCUAUCUGUAAUAGCUUUAAAGGUAUACGUGCGAGCGUGUAUGUUUGUUUGUUUGUUUGCGUGGUGCGUAUGUGUAUACGCGUUACAAAGUUUUAUCCUUGUUUUUCAUUCGAAUC